AUGGAGAAUGCCCCAGGUACUGCGAUCGAGCAGUAUUUAAAUCAGCUCAUCCAAAUGGGUUUAGUAUCCCAGCUGGUUCUCUCUGACCGCCAAGGGAACACCAUCCUCUCCUGCUUCGGUCCCACCCCAUCGGUCCCGGCCAAGACGACCGACGAAUUCCUACGGGGUGCCUCAUCCAACCUGACGAGCAGCGCCAUGCCCAAUCCACCCCUCCCCUAUGGAGGGGGGCGGAGUGGAAAAGGCAUGACGCUGGAGCCCUCCACGGAGGACUUGACGAACGCCGCCGCCGAGGAGGCGAUGCCGAUCGAAAGCAAUGUCGUUUUAAGCGGCGCGCGAUGCUUUCAAAAUCUCGAACAGCUUCAGCUUGGGGUCCCAUUAUACAUCAGUGCCCAGUACCAUGAUGCCGUGGUGGUGCAGGCAUUGGAUAAAUGUGCUUUCUUGACGUUGAUUGGAUACCGCUCCCAAGGUCAUUGCAUUGGCGGUCUCUUGACAUUGAUUCCUCAGAUUCGUGAAAGCUCAGUUUACCACGAAAUAGCCGCAAAACUAGAAAAGUGCUUUCAAUAA